AUGUCGUUAAGCAAGUUUUUCGAUUGGAACACUGUUCAAAUCUCCGAUUCAGAAGAAGCAAGCCUCCUUAACGAAGCCAUGGCAGAAGAACCAAAUAUCCAGCACCUGUUUCCAUACUCAGAUGAAAGCUUUUUCCUUUCAAACGCGCUUUUUGAGUACACCAUUGACCCAAACGGUGGUUUUCUCUGUCCUUCAGAUAUUCACUCUCCUUUUGAUCCUUUUGAUCCUUUCACUUCACUCCCUCAUCAUCAAAUCUUCCCAACUCAUGAAGAAUAUUACGAUCCUCUCCCAAAACGCCAAAAGUUCUUCUGCGACGAACAACAAGAGCUUUCACCACCAGAAGGGUUUGUUAAUGGCUACUCUUUUCAACCAGAAGAGACACAACAACAACAACAGCAGUUAUUUUCUAUGGAUAAUCAAUGCGAGGAGAAGGGUAAUAAAGAGAGAACCAUAUCUCCACAGAGUGUAGCCGCAAGAGAAAGAAGAAGAAAGAUUACGAAUAAGACACAAGAGCUUGGUAAGUUGGUGCCUGGUGGAACCAAAAUGAACACUGCUGAGAUGCUUCAUGCAGCUGCAAAGUAUGUUAAGUACCUCCAAGUUCAAGUUGAAAUGCUUGAACUCAUGAACUCAUUAGAGCAUGAAGAUAAAGCAGCACCUCCUUCUGAAAUUCUACACGGUCUGGUUGUUUCUCCCUUUGUUCAAGAGAAGUUGUAUGCGGGGGAAAAGUGCUUUUUGCCAAAAGAAACUGUCACAACUUUGACAGAUCUUGAAGUUGUUCGAUCAAAACCUACCAUGGUUGAGGAACUUAAACAGCUCAUUGGAACAGACAUUGAGAAAGAGAAGCAAGAAUAA